CAGCUGGGGAGGCAGAUGCUGAGCCGGGACCAGGGGACAAAUGGAGCAGCCCUGGAAUCGGCACCUCCCUGGGCCCGUCUCCGGCAUGAUCCCUGGCCUGGAGGGCUCUCGGAUCCCCUCCCUGUCCACUGGCCCAGCCGCGGGUCGGGACCCAGGCCCGUCCCUGGUGCCGCCUGCGACCUGUGGGCCUGCGUUUCCAGGGCGAUGAAUGACAUCGGGGACUACGUGGGCUCCAACCUGGAGAUCUCAUGGCUGCCCAACCUGGACCACCUGAUGGAGGGCUACGCCCGGAACUUCCGCCCCUGCAUCGGAGGCCCCCCUGUGAACGUGGCGCUUGCCAUCGAGGUAGCCAGCAUCGACCACAUCUCCGAGGUGAACAUGGAGUACACCAUGACCGUGUUCCUGCACCAGAGCUGGCGGGACGGCCGUCUGUCCUACAACCACACCAACGAGACGCUGGGCCUGGACAGCCGCUUCGUGGACUGGCUCUGGCUCCCCGACACCUUCAUCGUCAACGCCAAGUCCGCCUGGUUCCACGACGUGACCGUGGAGAACAAGCUCAUCCGGCUGCAGCCGGACGGGGUGAUCCUGUACAGCAUCCGAAUCACCGCCACGGUGGCCUGCGACAUGGACUUGGCCAAGUACCCGAUGGACGAGCAGGAGUGCACGCUGCACCUGGAGAGCUACGGCUACUCGGCUGAGGACAUCGUGUACUACUGGUCGGAGAACCAGGAGCAGAUCCACGGGCUGGACAAGCUGCAGCUGGCCCAGUUCACCAUCACCAGCUACCGCUUCACCACGGAGCUGAUGAACUUUUGCCCACGUGGCCUCCCCCACAGACGGCUACUCGGCUGAGGACAUCGUGUACUACUGGUCGGAGAACCAGGAGCAGAUCCACGGGCUGGACAAGCUGCAGCUGGCCCAGUUCACCAUCACCAGCUACCGCUUCACCACGGAGCUGAUGAACUUACCACGGUGCUGACCAUGACCACCCUGAUGGUCAGCGCCCGCUCCUCCCUCCCGCGGGCGUCGGCCAUCAAGGCGCUGGACGUGUACUUCUGGAUCUGCUACGUGUUCGUCUUCGCCGCGCUGGUGGAAUACGCCUUCGCCCACUUCAACGCCGACUACCGGAGGAAGCAAAAGGCCAAGGUCAAGGUCACGGAGCGGAGGGCAGAGGUGAGGACGGGCUGUGUCGGUUCCCUGGAGCUCAGGACCAAGGACAGCUCCCACCCCUCAAAACACAGGUCCUCUGUCGCUUCCCGGGGGGAGCGGCACCUUGAGUUUGGGGGCCACCUGGGGGCUGUGGGGUGCACAGCCGGCCAGUUCCCUCGGCUCAGCCUGUACUUCCACCUGCGGAGGAACCGGGGCGUCUACAUCAUCCAGUCCUACAUGCCCUCGGUCCUGCUGGUUGCCAUGUCCUGGGUCUCCUUCUGGAUCAGCCAGGCGGCCGUGCCUGCCAGGGUGUCUCUAGGCUCCUACCGGUCGGUGGAGGUGGAGGCGGGGCCGGCCGAGAAGCAGGGAGGCCUCCGCUCCCUUUUCAAGCCCAUCGACGCGGACACCAUCGACAUCUACGCCCGCGCCGUGUUCCCCGCGGCCUUCGCGGCCGUCAACAUCAUUUACUGGGCGGCGUACGCCCUCUGAGGCCCGGCCUCCUGCCCCACAACCUCUGGGGAGAGGGACCCUCGCAUGGCUGGGAUCGGCCAGUUUCAGAGUGGAGGCCACGACAGACCACGUGACACAGGAGGAACACGCAGCCCCCCAGC